GAUUCACUCAGGAAUUACCAAAGAUGCGUUUUAGUUCUCAAAUUGGCUGGUAACCGUAUAACCAACGUUCCCCGCGAGGUUGCUGGCCUUGAGUUAUUGCAGGUUCUUGAUUUGAGUAAUAAUAUGAUUUCUUACUUUCCAAGCGACGUUUGUUUGAUGCAUAGUCUGAAAUAUCUCGACUGCAGUUCAAACUCACUCUCGAAAUUGCCGAAUACUAUAUCUACCCUUCCACGCCUGGAAGUACUAUUUCUAACAAAUAACAAGCUUACUUGUUUGCCUAAGAACUUUUCCUUGCUUAAGGAGCUGAAACGAUUAAAAUUGGGAAGCAAUCGUUUUGAACACGUUCCGUUUUGUGUUUUUGAAUGCUCAGCUCUAAAAGAAUUUGUUUUCACUUAUAAUCAGGCAUCAGGUGUUGUUCCUGAUAAUUUCUGCAGACUGACAGAUUUGGAAAUACUGUGCUUGGCUUUUAAUAAAUUUACGAAAUUACCUGGAAAGUUGUCAUCUCUGUCUAAACUGAAGUUCCUUAAUAUAAGAGGAAACCGCAUUGAAAAUAUUCCAGAAGCGAUUAUUACUAAGUGCAAAAAACUGACUGUACUAAAUUGUUCUUCCUGUUCCCUGAAUCGAGUUCCUGAAGCAUUAGGACUGGGCGAAAAAUUGUGUGUCCUGGAUCUAUCUAACAACGCACUUGAGCAGUUGCCCUCCGAAGGCCGAGAAUUAAAAAGCCUAACUGCUCUCUUCGUAGCGCACAACGGUAUCUCGGUUCUACCUGACUGGAUUUGCGGGUCUCAUAAUAUAAUAGCCAUUUCUCUUCGAAAUAACAAACUGCAACAUCUACCGGAAAAAUUCAAUAAGGUGGCAGAGAACCUUCGUGUAAUUGACCUGUCGCAUAAUUUUUUUGAGCGGGUCUCAACUUCUCUGCUUCCGGUGAAUUCAAAACUCAUGUAUUUUCUUAUGGACUACAAUCCACUAUUGCACUUGCCUUCUGAGAUUCGUAACCUUAAAUUUUUAACUCAUCUCUCGAUUUCAAAUUGCCCCUGCAUUCAUGAACUACCUGAGGAGAUUGGUGAAUUUUUGCCCCGUUCCCUUUAUUGUCUUACCAACCUUCACUACCUUGAUUUAUCGGACAACAAAUUUUCACGGUUCCCGGUCGUUGUUUGCUUCAUAACACAUUUGAAGGUGCUUCUCUACAAUAAUUGGUGGUUUGAUCGGACAAGCCUUAUUGAUCCAGGAAUUGAAGCACCAAUAGACGAUGAAAAAUCAAUAAGCUUAGACGAAAAAGUACCACAAAUCAAACCAGAAGAAAUUGCAAAACUAGUUUACAGAAGAGAGGCAAAUAAAAUUCCCAGUCUACUUUGUCGCUUGAAGUUUCUUGUGCAUUUAUCAAUGCAGCAAAAUGGUCUAUACUUUUUCCCUGAUAUAUUUAACAAGUUAAAGCGUCUUAAACGGCUAUACUUGAACGACAAUAACCUCAGGAAGAUUCCAAAGUCGCUCGCAUCUUGCAAGACGUUAAAUCACAUCUCUCUGGCUAAUAAUAAACUAACUGAGAUUAAUACGGACAUACACCGACUUCCCAAUCUCACGCAACUUGAUCUCGACGGUAACAAAUUCCCAACUGGUCUUAGUGAAGUCAUAAAACAUUCCACUUUAAAGGGCCUUUGUGCUUACCUUGAAGCAGAUUCCAGAAACACUAGUACGUUCACCAUACAGCACAUAGAGGAAGAAUUGCCCGGAGGUUACAAUUUCCAUUCGCGAGUGCGGCGUUCACUUGAGUACUGGACAGGCUUAUCUUUGUCGACGGAACAGAGCAACGCGGAGACAAAGACGCCAGCGGAAACCACGACAGAACCCCUCGACCUGAUCACCACCACCACCGCAGACGUGGACGACCAUCCCGAGAGGCAGACACCCGUCCUCGUGGGAGACUCGUCGACCGUUCUGCCGGACUCGGACGUCGGCAAUUCCACUCUCCAGCCAAUCAGUUUGCGCUACAUACCCACUGUCGUGGGUCCAAAAGCUACGCCUGCGAGACUGCUGCAUAUGCUCAAACUCCUCAAUCAGAAUGAGCUUGCGGAGGCUGUGGCGACGGUCUUAGAGUCUGCCCACAUCCGGCGGCUCUGA